AUGGCAGAAGUGCAGGAGCAACAACCACUAGAGUUGCAGCAGCAGGAGCAGCAGCGGGAGGAGGAGGAGGCGGGGAAGGAGCGGGAGGUGGGCGUGGAAGUUGACAUGACAGCGCCCGUGACGGCGUGGGACAUCGAGCGCGCGGGAGGGCUGGGCGCGCGGGACGACAUCGCGUCGCCGCUGCCCGUGGCCAUGGACGCCACGGACCUGGAGGAAUCCAUCAACGCCGAACUCUAUCCCGAACUCGCAGGUGCUGACGUGGCGCGUGAGAGCGAGGAGGAGGCUCGCAUAGGCGGCACAGAGCCCUCAGCAGCUCAUGUGGGUGGCUCGUUUGAUGCUGCUGCUGCUGCUGACCCUGAGGAGGCAAGGCGGCAGCUGGAGAGCAGAUUUGUGCAUGCGGGGCAGGGAGGAGGGGGAGUGUGA